AUGACCGAGUUUGCGGAAGGAGAAUUGGUCGAAGUAUGCCUCAAAGAAGAUGGUUACUUCGGGUCAUUCUUUGAGGCCAAGGUAUUGUCCAAGCUUCACGAUGGAACUUUCUACGAGGUUGAGUACAAGAACCUUAUCACUGAAGGUGAAAACCCUCAGCCGUUGAUUGAAACCAUCUCCGCCGACGACAUCCGUCCGAUGCCACCUACAUUACCCCAGCCGUCCACGUUUAGCCUCCAUGAGAAGGUUGAUGCUUUUGACUUAGACGCGUGGUGGUACGGAGAGAUCUACGGUUAUGACGGCGAGACGUACUACGUUCACUUUCCAACGACCAAACAUUUGUGCGAGUACCCACUUCAAAGCCUCAGAAAGCAUCUCGAAUUCGUUGACGGUGAAUGGGUUCCUUCAGCAAUGUCAACAAGGAGGCGUUGA